AUGGGCACUCAGGACGAGACAGCAAGCGUCCAUGCUGCGACUGAAGCUGUCAUGGCGCCUCAAGCUGGCAGCGAAGCUGUAGAAUCAAUCUCCAACACAAAGAAAGACCAGUCAAAGGUUGGAAGGUUCUUUUCGGAUUUCUUCACAUAUUUCCAGCUUCUCGUCUACGCCAACCCUACAUGGCUCGAUAUCCUUCUUCUUGCUGUAGGCACAGUCUCUGCCGCCGCCGCAGGAGUCCCAUUUCCUCUCAUGGGAAUCCUCUUUGGUCAGCUCGUCGACGACUUGAACACUGCGAGCUGCGAUGCCAAGAGCCCCAGCGCGGACGAGGCUGCACACAUCCAGCACUCAAUCGAUAGCAAGGUGCUCGAGCUGACGUACAUCGGCAUUGCCAGCUUCGUCCUGAUUUACAUCUACAUUGUGUGCUGGAGCAUCUUCAGCCGCCGACUCGAAGCCCGUAUCCGAGACCGCUACUUUCAAGCACUCCUGCAACAGGACGCGACCUUUUACGACAAGCGUCAAGCGGGCGAACUGUCGUCUCGUCUCAAUGCCGAUGUACAGGCUGUCCAGUCUGGAACGUCAGAAAAGGUCGGCAUCUGCAUCGCCUGCACGUCCUUUUUCCUGACGGCCUACAUUGUGGCCUUUAUCAAGAACUGGAGGCUUGCUGCCAUUCUUCUGUCUCUUAUCCCUGCCUUCUUCCUCAUGGCAGGGCUUGGAAGUGCCUUUACCGCAAAGUAUACCAGUGCCAUGUCUGAUGCAAUUGGCUCGGCGUCCUCCAUCGCUCAGGAAACUCUGUCGAAUAUUGCCGUUGUCCAAGCCUUUAGCGCUGGACCACGUCUAGAGGCCAAAUUUUCUUCACAUGUCAUGACGGCUCAGAAAAGGGGCAUAAAAAAGGCCUUUGCUGCGGCGGUUCAGGCCGGCACUCUCUAUUUCAUUGCGUAUGCUGCAAAUGCAUUGUCCUUUUGGCAGGGAAGCCACCAGAUUGUCAAUACUAUCGCCAAUCCCAACGGUGUAUCAGUAGGAGAGAUUUAUACUGUCAUCUUCCUCCUUGUCGAUGCAUGUGUCGUUUUUGGCUCCAUUGCCCCCCUUCUGCCUCUCAUAGGGGGUGCGUCCACAGCAUUCCUGAAACUGCGACAAGACAUCGAAACUCCAGCCGCAAUCAACUCCAGAUCGACUUCCGGCUUGAAACUUCCUGAUUCUGCCCCCGCCUCCAUUUCAUUCCGCGACGUCUCGUUCGCUUAUGCCUCCAGGCCAGAUCAGCUUGUGCUCAAAAAUGUUUCGUUCGACUGUCCUGCUGGCAAGUAUACUGCGAUAGUUGGACUGUCUGGAAGUGGCAAGUCUACAGUGGCCGGCUUGACGACAAGAAUCUAUGACCCUCAGGAUGGGAAAGUGCUGCUUGACGGACACGAUUUGAAGGAUAUAAACGUGAAAAACUUGAGAAGCUUCAUCAGCUUGGUUCAACAGGAGCCGUCGCUGCUGGAUCGGUCAAUCUUGGAGAAUAUCGCAUUAGGUCUAUUCAACUCGCCGUGGCAGAAGCAUGAAAAGUUCCAGUCCAUCAUUCUGGGCAAUGGACUUGCCGAGGUGGCAGAGAAGGUUAGAGAAGGACAAGAUUUAACCACUGUCGCUCAGGCGUACGGUUCUGAUAUGGCCGAGCUCGUGAAAUUGAGUUGCCAAUCGGCCGCUCUGGCCGACGCAUCAAACUUCAUUCACAAGCUUGAAUAUGGAUACGGAACCCUUGUUGGUACAGCAGGAAAGCUUGUCAGUGGAGGACAGCGCCAAAGGCUUGCAUUUGCUCGCGCUUUAAUCCGAGACCCAAAGAUUCUUCUCUUGGACGAAGCGACCGCAUCUCUUGAUUCAGCCAGCGAGCAGCGUAUCCAGACGGCAGUUGAGUCGAUAUCCAAGGGCCGAACCAUCAUCGCCAUCGCCCACCGCUUGUCCACUAUUAAAAAUGCCGACAAUAUCAUCGUUAUGAAUAACGGCCAAAUCAUUGAGCAGGGCACUCAUUUAGAGCUCAUGGCCCUUGAUGGUUCAUAUGCUGGCAUGGUCCGUUUACAAAACCUGGCGUCCAAGGAACAGGAUGACACACCAUCUCUGUCUAGCACAACCAAAGGCGAAACUGAAAUCGUUCUCUCAGAAAAGGAAUCUUCUCUGAGCGAGCCUACUGCCCUAGAAGAAGACGUACCAGGUGUUUCUUCGUCAACUGAGCAAGAACCUAGCCAGGCGGCCGCCGAAGCAGAGGAUAAAGCACUGGAUGCUGAUCUGUCAGCCUGGAAAAUUAUCAAGAUGUUUGGCCUCAUGCUUCGCCCACACCUCCUGAUGCUCCUCUUGGCCGUUUUCUCUGCCGUCAUCGUCGGCGGUACUUUCUCCUCUGCAGGUGUCAUUUUUGGCAAUACUGUCGAGAAAGUCGGCCCCUGCAACUCAACUCAUCAAAUUCUAUGGGCUGGCAGGUUCUUUGGCGGCCUGUUCUUUAUGCUGGCCGUGGUCGAGCUGUUUGCCUACACGGGAAGCUGGUUCGGCUUCGGUUAUGUCGCUGAAAAGCUGCUCUACAAUAUUCGCGUGCUAACCUUCCGCUCGCUCUACGAACAAGAGCUAGACUGGCAUCAGUCAGAGGGCCGUUCGCCAGCGUCAUUGCUCUCCAUCGUCACAGCAGACGCUGCCGCCGUUGGUGGUUUCAGCGGGUCGAUCAUGGGAACCAUGUUCUCCAUUGUGGUCAACUUUUUCAUCGCCAUCAUUCUUUCACAUAUAAUUGCCUGGAAAAUUGCCAUUGUGUGCUUGGUAACGGUCCCUAUCCUUUUGGGCUCGGGUAUCAUGCAAGUACGUUCCUUGUCCCGCUUUGAGCGCAAGCAUGCCGGAGCAUUCUCAAACGCUCUCGGUAUUACGGUCGAGGCUGUCACUUCGUAUAAGACCGUGUCAUCAUUGGCUAUUGAAGAUGAAAUACUACACACAUACCGUCGAGCUCUCAAAGCUCCUCAGAAGGAAAUGGCUCUGUCCAGUGCGUAUACCAACUUUUGGCUUGCCAUCGCCAACAGCAUCGGCAACCUCAUUUACGCCUUUGCGUACUGGUGGGGUUCAACAAGGAUCACAAAAGGAGAGUACAGCCAAGCUCAGUUCUUCAUUAUUCUCAUGGCCAUGCUUGUGAGUGCCCAGCUGUGGGGCCAGAUGUUCACAUUGGCUCCUGAGGUCUCGCGGUCCAGAGCAGCAGCAUCUAGAAUCCUGAGUCUCAUCAACCUUGGCUCUGCCAAGCGCCUGGGUGUGACAGAGUCUAGAACUGGCAAUGUAUCACGCGGAGAGAAAGAUGUUGAAGCUGCACCAAACGCAAUUUUAAGCCGAGGGAUCAAGCCAGGCCAUGGUGGCGCCACCGUGACUUUCCGAGAUGUAUCCUUCGCAUAUCCUGCUCGGCCACAUAUCCAGAUUCUGAAGAAUACAUCAUUCACGAUACCAGCUGGCCAGUUUUGUGGUCUCGUGGGUCCAUCGGGAGCGGGUAAAUCCACAAUCAUGUCACUUGUCCAGAGGAUGUAUCGCCCUACAAGUGGAACGGUCGAGAUUGAUGGAGUCGACAUCUGUGCUCGUGAAGGCGUGGACUUUCGCCAUGACAUUGCCGUAGUGCCACAAGACUGUGCCCUGUUUGAUGGAACUGUCAAGUUCAAUGUGGGACUCGGUGCUGUGCCAGGUCACGAAGCCACCGAUGCGGAAAUCGAAGAGGCCUGCAAGCUGGCUAAUAUCCAUGACACCAUCGUAGCACUACCGAAUGGCUAUGAUACGGAAUGCGGCCCCAACGGAUCUCGGUUGUCGGGAGGCCAGCGUCAACGGUUGGCUAUUGCGAGGGCGCUAGUCCGAAAACCACGGCUUCUGUUGCUCGACGAGAGUACCAGCGCCCUCGACGCAGAGAGCGAGAGGGCUCUGCAAGAAGGCCUGGAGCAGGCAGCCAGAGGCAUUACCGUCAUUGCCAUAACCCAUAGGCUACACACCGUCCGCAAAGCUGACGUGAUCUUCGUCGUCGAGGCCGGGAGAGUGGUCGAUAAGGGUCGUCACGAGGAGCUUGUGGAGAGAACCACGAGACCCCAUUGCAGUCCAUCCAUCGGCGCCGACGAAGCCUGCACCACACCUCAGUCAAUCACCAUUCAGUCCCUGGAGCGGCCGGGCAAUCCCUCCUCCUCUGUUCCUGUUACAGACCAGACAGCAUCUUCUAGUAACGUCAAUACACGCUCAGCCGUUGGCCGCGAGCGAGGAGGGAGCGUACAAUUGUAUGUCAACAGCGCCUCGUCAUCCACCAAUUCUUCGAUCCCAACGCCAGACCUGACACCUCCUGAUCGACCACGCGACAACGACAAUACCUACGAGCUCUCUGACUAUAAAGAGAUUGCAGAGCGCAAGGCUACUGAAGACCGCGAGCGUCGACGACAAGAGAAACGGACGUUGAAGCGAGAGUGGCUAGAGACACGGGACGAGAUGAAGUUCUCUCAUAGCAUUCAGUUCAACGCUGUUCCUGAUUGGAGCAGCCACUAUAUUGCGUACAGCAAUCUCAAGAAGCUUAUAUACCAACUCGAAAAGACUGCACAUCAGGCGAGAGCCGGCGAUGCUGAAUCACGACCCCUUAUAUCAACCGAGGAUCCAGAGGAAGUCUUUAGCAAAGCACUAGGCAUUGAGCUGGAAAAGAUAUGCUCCUUCUACUCUCUCAAGGAAGGAGAACUGCUAGAAGAAGUGAGCCAGCUGCUGCAUGAUGUGGGAGAGGGCCCUUCUCUGGAAGGAUCCACUACCUUGCGCCCAACGCCAUCCGAUUCUCAAAGCACCCACGCUCGACCUACUAGCCUGCACAGCCGUGGCUCCGACGACGAUGACAGCGCUACCGACGAUGACGAAACCACCGGUCUCACGAGACGCAAAAGCGGCAGUAGAUAUGGCCGGAGAAAGACUGCAUCCAGCAUCCCAGACAUGGCUGCAUCUUCGGAGUUUGGUCGAUCCAGGAGGUACAGCACCACCAUAGAUGACUAUGGCGAUCAAUCUUUCCUCUUCGGCUCGACGCUGUACUCGUCCGCUAUCAUGCUGAAGAAGCGCAUAGUGGCCCUCUAUGUGCAGCUUUGCGAGCUCAAAUCAUACGCACAGCUUAACAAGACCGGCUUUAGCAAGGUUCUCAAGAAAUUCGACAAGAUUCUUGAUAAAGAGUUGCGAUCAUCCUACAUGAGCACCUAUGUCGAUACGGCAUACCCCUUCAAGCCGGAGACCAAGAAGCUGCUCGAAGAAAACAUUGCCAAGAUGGAAGCCGCUUACGCCGAUGUCGUAACCGCUGGUGAUCUGGAACUUGCUAGAAAGGACUUGCGUUCUCACCUUCGAGAGCACGUCGUUUGGGAGCGAAACACUGUAUGGAGAGAUCUGAUUGGUAUCGAGCGAAGAGGAGAGGCUGCCAGAAUUGGCCAAACCUUGCUGGGACAGGACUCGGGUAUCACACCCAAGAGGUUGCAGGGUGAUGAUGAGAUUGGACCAGCAGAAACACAGAUCAAAACACCCAUUGGCAGAAUUGUUCUGCCUUCGUGGCUGUCCAACAGCUCUGUGCUCACUUUGUUCAUAUCUGUUCUGGCAUUCUUCCUGCUGCUGUUUAUUCCCAUUUUGCAGAACCCUGAGCAGCAGAAUUGCCUGGCACUUCUUGUUUUUGUCAGUCUUCUGUGGGCUACUGAGACUAUCCCCUUGUUCGUAACGUCUCUUCUCAUCCCCUUCUUGGCUGUUGUCCUCAGAGUGGUUCGUGAAGAGGACCCCAGCAAGCCUCAAAAGCGCCUUUCUUCAAAGGAAGCUACUUCGGCCAUCUUCUCCGCCAUGUGGUCGCCUGUCAUUAUGCUACUCCUUGGUGGCUUUACCCUCGCUGCUGCCCUGUCCAAGUGCAAGAUCGAUAAGCGCCUUGCGACGCUCAUCUUGAGCAAAGCCGGCACUCAGCCCAGAACUGUGUUGCUUGCAAACAUGUUUGUCGCUGCCUUUGCGUCUAUGCUCAUCAGCAACGUGGCUGCCCCGGUUCUCUGUUUCUCCAUUAUUGAGCCUAUGCUGCGAACUCUGCCUUCCGACUCAAACAUGUCCAAGGCUGUGAUUAUUGGCAUUGCCCUUGCUUCAAACAUUGGUGGCAUGCUGUCACCAAUUGCAUCACCCCAAAACGUCGUGGCAAUGGGAAUCAUGAAGCCAGAGCCUACCUGGCUGCAAUGGUUCUUCAUUGUUAUUCCCGUUGGCAUCGUCUCUCUUAUCUUGAUCUGGUUACUUCUGCUGGUCACAUUUCAGCCUGGCAAGGGAACAACCAUCGCACCCAUCCGCCCUCUUAAGGAGAAAUUUAGCGGUGGUCAGUGGUUUGUAGCAAUCGUUACCAUCAUCACCAUCGUUUUAUGGUGUACUAGCCAUACCCUGGAGGACGUAUUUGGAGACAUGGGCGUUGUAGCCAUCAUUCCCAUUGUGCUCUUCUUUGGCAUCGGCAUCUUGACAAAAGAGGACUUCAACAACUUUCCCUGGACAAUCAUCAUCCUGGCUGCGGGCGGUCUGUCGCUCGGUAAGGCUGUCCGAUCUUCAGGCCUGCUCCAUACCCUUGCCGAGAUUGUCUCACGCGAGGUCGAGGGCAUGAGCUUAUACGGUGUUUUGGUUGUGUUCUCCUCUUUGAUUCUCGUCAUUGCCACCUUCAUCAGCCACACGGUAGCAGCCCUCAUCUUCCUGCCUCUGGUGUACGAUGUGGGCGUGGCCAUGGACCAGCCGCACCCCAACCUCCUUGUUAUGGGUGGCGUUCUGAUGUGCAGCGCUGCCAUGGGUCUGCCUACCAGCGGUUUCCCCAAUAUGACUGCAAUCAUGAAAGAAGACGCUACCGGUCAACGCUACCUGAGCGUGAAACACUUUAUCAGCAGAGGUGUUCCAAGCAGUUUGCUUACCUUGGUUGUUGUAGUAACACUUGGAUAUGGUAUUAUGGAAGUGGCAGGUUUGGACUAA